AUGACCGAUAUCCGCCGGUCACGUUCAAACACAUCAAUGUCUACCCGGAGUAACCGCCCGCCCUCGCGCGCGUCGACGACAAGCGUCCAUUCGUUCGAGCAAUUUCAACAACCGCAGCAAUCUCGGGCCGCCCAAUUUCCCCAGCAGCCGCAGUACCACGCACCCUUCACGACGAGUGAAGCUUUGCAGCCUGCACUAAUCCAAGCUGCCCAACAGGUCAGCGCGCAGGACCACCUCAUUAAUAUGAGCCUGGAAAGCGUCCAGCAGUACCUCGGUUACCCGGCCGACUCAACCACGAAUCAGCCUCAACCAAAUGGGCAGCCUGCGCAACCAGAUCACCAUGGCUACCAUAACCCCCUCCCACAGCAAUCGCAACUUUCACAGCUUUCGCAACACUCGCAACAUUCGCAGCAACACAGUUUUAUGGCUCCGUCGGUGGACAACGAAGACAAGAAGAAGAGGGCUUCCACCUCGGGAGCAGCGACCAACGACAAGGAGUUGCGCCAGUUGCUGAACCAGAACGAGGGUCGCAAUUUGAAGGACGUUGCGGCCGAGGUUAUUCAGAAUGAUCGGACGUCCAAAUCAGAAAAAUCGAAGCAGUUGUUCGCCAUGUUGUGGCUGCAGUCAGUUUGUCGCGUCGCAAAGACGUCGGUCCCGCGCAACCGCGUCUACUCCAAAUACGCAGAACGUUGCGGCACUGAUCGCGUCAUCCCUCUCAACCCGGCCUCCUUCGGAAAGCUUGUUCGCGUCAUCUUUCCCGGUAUCCAAACUAGGCGUCUCGGUGUUCGUGGAGAGUCCAAGUACCACUAUGUCGACCUGGAGCUUAUCAACGAUGGAGGUGAUGGCGACGAAGCGCGCCGCCCUAGCACUGGUGCUGCUGCGCAUCAUGCUAUGAAGCGUCAAACUUCUGGCACUCCCAGGCUCAACCUCGAGUAUGCGCUCCACUCGCAUCCCUUCAAAGGACAUGUAUUAACAAAAAACAGCGCCAUCCGACGUCUACCUGCAGACAACUCACAGUUUCCUCCUCGAGAACCAAGGGCAGAGUCUCACAAUACCUUUUAUACCCCAACCUCAUCACGCGGUGUACUAUUCACCGACAUCUAUUCAUCGCAUUUCCAACCAUCGCAGUCCCGCACAAAAUCCUCAUACGAACAUGAGCUCAAGUUUCCCACGCCAGACAUUCUUGAGGCCCCAGAUGCGUUUGUCGUCGAAUUGCCGGAUAUCAAGCCGUAUCUGCCAGCCCGUACCGACCCCGACUCUGCUGAUAACCUGGUCGCAAUGUACCGCUCACAUGUCGUCUCACUCGUGGACUCUGUACGUUACUGCAAGGAGAAACAGUUUUUUCGCUUGUUUGGCACUUUCCACGGCACUUUGACUGUACCAGUGCAGAAGUUGUUUGCAACACCAGAGCUAGCACCGUGGAUCAGAGAGUGUGACUGGAUGAUGUACCAGAAGAUGAUUAGGAACGUCUCUCAGCUGACGCUCCAAGUAGCGCCACCACCAGUCUUGAAGUUUCUUGACAAUGUCGCAAAGACUCUUCAUGCACACAUCGCUGCCAAAUUCAUGUCCUUACCGGUCCACGUCCUUGAGGCAAAGCUGGAACCCGCUACAUUGUUCGCUCACCUUCUACGACAGAUGCUCCGCGUCAACUCAGCAGCGCACGCAGCAGCCGUCAUGCUUACAGCGGAGAGUCAUCGGACUCAUAUGUACGCCGAUUGGCUCCAGCACGUGAAUAUCAAGCGUAUCAUUGCGAACGAGUUGCCCGCUUCAUGCCCGCACGAGGAAGUGUAUAAUAUUCUUACAACCGAGAUCCGGUCCAUGCUAGGCCCGCUGCCCCAGGAAAUCCAGUUACCCUCUGGAACGAUACAUCGAGCAGCAUACCCCGACCCACCCGCUGAUCCAUCCGAGUCGGUCAUUGACCGCAUCGCAGCAUUCCUAACUCGACUACCUUCACGCUUCCCUGGCGCACACGCACGGACUAUCAUGCAUUGCAUCAGCGCACUCGGUUCCGCAGCGCUACGAGAAAUCACAGUAGAGAACGGCAUCAGUUUCCAAGGAUGGUGGCUUACCAAGGUAUUCGUGGAUGAAAUGGCACAAUGGCUGGCUUCUAUAGGAGGUUUUCUGGGCCACUCGCCACCAGACUGGACGUCUUCAAAUUACUCUCCAGUGAUGGGCGACCCUCUCAACGCGGGUAUGACCAACGGUGGCAGCGGCAGUAACAACGAUAGCCGUUAUAGUAGCCUUGAGGCCGACUUUGGCCCCGACCAGUCGUUCAUGUCGACUACUAGCCAUGUAACUAUCCAGGAUACCGGAUCUAACCAAGAAGUCAAUACUGGACGCUUUACUCAACAAUCAUCACAGUAUAACAUGAGCUUUAGUUACGAUUACAAUUUGAACCCGUCACAACAAGAGUCGAACCACGACGACAGUGGCAUAGGCCUUGGCCUAGGUGGUCAGGAGGACGGCAUUGACGCCAAAUUUGCGUCCCAUCUCUCUUCUGCUCUCUCGCAGAGCGUCAGCUAG